AUGCAGAGUAACUUCAAAAUUUGUAGAUGCGCGGAAGAUCAAAAAGUGACCUAUGUUGCUACAACCUUUGUGGAAUAUGCAUUGCAUUGGUGGGAGUCUGAGUGUGCAAUCAGAGGUGAUGAAAAUAUUGUUGCCAUGACUUGGGAGCAAAUGAAAAAGAUGAUGAUGGAUAAGUAUUGCACACAAUCGGAGGUGAACAAGCUAGAAUCAGAAUUUCUGAUAUUAAAGCAAGGUUCGUUGUCGGUUCAAGAAUAUGUUAACGAUUUUCUUGAGAAAGCGAUGUUCGCCAGUUACCAGGUGGCUACCGAGGAGAGAAAGAUAGGUCGCUUCAAAUACGGCUUAAGAAUUGAAAUCAAACGGUACGUAGACAUGACUAAACCGACCAUAUUUGUCCAAGCAGUGGAGAUGGCGAAGGUGGCAGAGGAGAACAACGCUAGGGAGAAUUGUGAUAGAAAAGAUGCAAAGAGAAGAUGGGAAGGAUCGAACAAGUUCAACAAGAAACCAAAAUGGACUCCGACUCUGACAAAAACACGAAGCGAGGGAUUCACUAUUCCUCCAUGUAACAAAUGCAACAAGAGACAUAGGGGAGAGUGCAGAGCAGGGAGCCUGACAUGCUACAAAUGUGACAAACCUGGGCGUACCGCGCAGGAGUGCCCAGAAGGAAAAACUUGUUAUGAAUGUGGGGCUACGGGACAUUUAUGA